AUGGAAUUUCUUGGAACCAUUCAGGCAGCGAGUUACUGUGGCUCCAAGAAAGACUGGGGCUGGCAGUGGUUGCCCCCUGCUGGGCAGGACCCUGACGUACAGGCGUGCUAUGAACCCUUUCACCUGCCCCGGUGCCGCUCUGCGUGGAGACCCAGAGUCUUCUACAAUAUCCCCACCACCCAGAAAAGCCCGGAGGAUAGCGCAGGCGACCGGCGGCCGCGCACCACCCUGCCCUCGCUCCACUCCCCGUUCUUCAGUCGCUAUACCCAACGCGAGUGGGACCGCUCUAAUGAUCUGCUGAUCAGUAUUGCAGAGGCAUCGCGGCGUCGGGCCAGCCGGCUGACAGACGACUCCCUGCGGAUCAUGCAGGAUAAGGACCAGUUGAUACGCCAGUUGCAAGAGGGAACCUGCCGGAACCUGGACCAGAGGCUAUCCGACAUCUGCUUCUGGAAGUCCGGGUUGUGCCACGAGCGGGACAUGCUUAUAGCGGAGAACAACAGCUUGAAAACGCUCAAGAGGCGCUUGGAGUGCGCCGCUGAGGAAGUGAACUGUCCCCUGCAGGUGGCCCUGAACUGUGUGUACAAUCGGGAGAAAAGGAUGGGGAUUGACAUGGUCCAUGACAACAUGGAGAAAAACUUUCUCCGGGAAGCAGAUUUACUCAAAUGUUGCCAAGAUCAGAUGAGAAAAUUAGCUAAACGAAUUGAUUUCCAGGUGCAAGAUAACCGAGAUGCUCAACAUGCCGUUGAGCAGGACAUCGAGGACAAGAGCUCUGCGCAGUCUAUUGAAGAGAGAUGUUUAAACUUAAAAAACACACCUGACUCCAUUAGCUUCUUCCCUGGUGUGGAGAAGUUUGACGAAACGGUCUCCAUUCCUGAAACCUGGGCCAAGUUCAGCAAUAACAACAUCAGACACGCUCAAAAUAUGCGGGCCAAGUCCAUGCAGCUGCGGGAGGAGGCGGAUCGCCUGUUUGAGACCUUGUCAGACCAGAUGUGGAGGCAGUUCACCAACAUCGACCAGGCCUACCAGGAUGCCCAGCCCGGAGCUCUACAGGGACUUACCACACUGUUUGCUCGCGGCAAACACCCAGUACAACCCUGUAGUUGCAGAGCAGUUUUCUAG